CUAAGCAAUUUUCGUUUUUCAGGUCAUAACCCUAUUGGAGUAACUACUAAAAUAGAAAGAAGUUACACGAGGGAUAAAAAGAUUCGUUUGUUGAGAGUUAUUUAGUCCGACCAGUCAUGGACGAAUACAAAAGAAAUUUUCUCAAGCAACGCUCUAACCCCCAAUUCAAGAGGAAGGGAGGCACUAAAAAUGCAAAGGGGAAUUAUCCUGGUCAUGAACGGUCAUCUGAAAGUUCUCGAAGUUCAGAUACUACUUAUUGUAUACUUUGUCAAUCCAAAAAAAUUGGUAGUGUAAUUGGAAAAGGUGGUAGCAUAAUCAAAGCCCUGAGAGAGGAAACUCAAGCAAAGAUUACGGUUGCUGACAGUGUGCCUGGUUCUGAUGAUAGACUAAUACUGAUCUCUAGUCCCUCUACAAAGCUAGCUAGGAGACAAAACACUGACAACAACAAUGGAAAUCCAGAAUUAAAGGAAGAAAAUGGCAGCAUGGAGCCACAUUGUGCAGCGCAAGAUGCUCUGUUAAAAGUUCACAAUAGGAUUGUUGAAGAAGACUUGCAUGAAGCACAAGAUGAGGAUAAGAAUGAAAUUGUAAUCAUCACACGUCUACUUGUUCCAAACAAUUUGGUUGGAUGCCUUUUAGGAAGAAAAGGCGAUGUUAUUCAGAAAUUGCGAAGUGAGACUGGGGCAAGCAUUCGUGUUCAAUCUGCUGAGCAUCUUCCAGUUUGUGCUAUGACCACUGAUGAAUUGGUCCAAAUAUCAGGUAAACCUGCUUUGGUAAGAAAAGCCUUGUAUGAAGUAUCAACUCUGUUGCAUCAGAAUCCACGCAAAGACAAACCUCCCUCGAGUUUUCCCAUGGUACAUGGUGCUCAAGGUUUUCACCCCCCUGGUACUCCUGUGGAAAAUAUGAUUCCUCCAGGAAAAUCAAUGUGGUCUCGAAGUAGAUCUAAUUUAAAUGGUAUGCGGCCUGUGUUAGGGGUGGGAGGGUAUAGGAACCAGCUUUCUGGAUUUGGUCGUCCAGAUUUUGAUUAUGAUCCUCCCCCUUGUGCUGGUGAAGCUCCAAGUGAUUUCACCAUGAAAAUUCUGUGUUCAGCUGCGAAAAUUGGUGGCGUUAUAGGCAAGGGGGGCUUCAAUGUAAAACAACUGCAGCAGGAAACGGGAGCAAGUAUACAUGUUGAGGAUGUCGUACCCGAAUCUGAUGAAAGAGUUAUUCAAGUCUCCUCUUUGGAGUCUCUGUGGGAUCCCAGAUCACAAACUAUUGAUGCCAUUCUUCAACUUCAAAGUAAAACAAGUGAAUUUUCUGACAAAGGAAUUAUCACUACAAGGCUUCUUGUUCCCUCAAAUAAGGUUGGAUGCAUUCUUGGUCAAGGAGGACAGGUUAUCAAUGAGAUGAGGAGAAGGACACAAGCAGAUAUUCGUGUUAUUUCCAAGGAUGAUAAACCCAGAUGCGCAUCUGCAGAUGAAGAGCUUGUGCAGAUAUCUGGAAGCUUUGGUGUUGCAAAAGAUGCCUUGGUUGAGAUUGCUUCUAGGCUUAGAGCAAGAUCCCUUAGGGAUGUAAAUAGCAAGGCGGAAUCUGCUCCUGUUAGGCCACUUUCUGGAUUUGGUCCUUCAGAGGAUUUCCGAAGUGGAGAUCCACAACGUUCAGGUGUGAUGGAAGCUGGCAGCUCUAGAAGAUAUGAUCAUUUGAAGGGUGCUGUUCAAUAUGACCAUCCGAGUUAUCCAGAUCUUCCCAUUGCCACUAG